UAGUGCCAUGUUGGCGGAAGUGUUCGCGUUUUCUAAACCCAGAUUUCUGUCAGUUGGAAUAAUGAAGUAGAUUUUAAACAUCAUUUCGUAUAUUUUAAGCGUGUUUUGUCAUUUAAGGUGGGCGUAAAUUGAGGAUGAAUCUUCCGAAGGGGCCUGACGCUUUGUGUUUUGACAGAGAGGUGUUCAUGAAGGAUGACUUCGACGUGGACCACUUCGUGGCGGAGUGCCGCAAGCGUGUGCAGCUGGAGGAGAUGCGUGAGGACCUGGAGCUCUACUACAAGCUCCUCAAGACGGCCAUGGUGGAGCUCAUCAACAAGGACUAUGCAGACUUCGUCAACCUUUCCACAAACCUGGCUGGCAUGGAUAAGACCCUCAGCCAGCUGUCUGUUCCCCUUGGCCAGUUACGGGAAGAAGUGCUGAGUCUCCGGUCAUCUGUACAUGAAGUCAUUGAAGCCAUAGACGAGAGGUUAUGCAAGCAGGAUGAUAUACAGAAGAAGAAGAUGUGUGUUUUGAGACUUAUCCAAGUUGUGAGAUCAGUGGAGAAGAUUGAGAAGAUUCUCCACACUCAGAGUUCCAAGGACACGGCCUCUCCAGAAGUAAACAGCCCUCCGCUCGCCGGGCAGAUUCUGGAGCGGAUCGCCACUGAGUUUAACCAGCUGCAGUUCCACGCAGUGCAGAGCAAAGGCAUGCCACUGGUGGACCGCGUUCGGCCGCGCAUUGCCGGCAUCACGGCCAUGCUGCAGCAGUCCCUGGAGGGCCUGCUAGUGGAGGGUCUGCGCACCUCCAGUGUGGACAUGGUGAGGCACUGCCUGCGCACCUAUGCCACCAUCGACAAGACGCGGGACGCCGAGGCGCUGGUGGGGCAGGCGCUGGUCAAGCCCUAUGUGGAGGAGGUUGUGGUAGAGCAGUGCACCAAGUCUGGCCCCCCCGCCCUGCAGAACAUGUACGGGAAGCUGCUGGAAUUUGGGCCACACCACUGCCGGCUGCUGAGGGAAGUGACGGGUGGGGCCAUCUCCAGUGACAAGGCCGAUAUCGUUCCCGGGUACGACUUCAUGGUGAACUCGGUAUGGCCGGAGAUGGUUAGAGCCCUGGAGGAGAGGGCCCCCUCGCUCUUCAGUCCCGGGAACCCUGAUGUCUUCUACGAGAAGUACACCAUCAGCAUGGAGUUUGUGCGGCGGUUCGAGCGGCAGUGUGGUUCCCAGGCCAGCGUGAGGCGCCUGCGAGCGCACUCAGCAUACAAGAGUUUCCAGAACAAGUGGAACCUUCCAGUUUAUUUCCAGCUCCGUUACAAGGAGAUCGCAGGCAGUCUGGAAAACGCCAUAACAGAGUGCUUGGUGGAGGCUCCAGCAGGUGGCGCCUUCCGCCUGCACGUCUCCCACAUGCUCUGGACCUGCCUGCUGCGCUGUUGGGCCGAGGGCGUCUACCUGCCCCAGCUGGCCCAUCGCUUCUGGAAGCUGACACUGCAGCUGCUGUCCCGCUACUCCACCUUCAUGAUGGAGGUGCUGACGCGUGUCCCGGCCGCCAAUGUCGGCAAGGAGCCGCCGAAGCCCCUCCCCAGCUCGGCCUCGUCCACGUCGAGCCGCACCUCCCAGGAGGACACGGGCAGCGAGGCAGCUGGGCCCACGGCGCUCACCAGCCGGCAGAUGGCCUUCGUCAUGGCCGACCUGGACACGCUGCAGGAAAAGAUUCCAGAACUUUCUGACAUCAUCCGACAGAAGCUGGAGCUCAUUGGCUUCACCAGCUUCACUAUGGUUUCAGAAUCCUUGGCAGACUCCCAGGCAGCCCUGUCUAGCUGCAUUCCCGCUGUCAGCCGGCAGGUCACGCAGCACCUGGGGGAAAGGUGUUUCAGUUACCUGAGGAGUGCUUCUGAAGUGCCCCGCCUCUACCGGCGCACCAACAAGGAAGUCCCCACCAGGGCCUCUGCCUACGUGGACAGCGCCUUGCGGCCGCUGCUCCAGUUGCAGAGCGACUUCAGGGAUAUGCUGAGGCCCCCCAUCAUCGAGGAAUGGCUGCGCAUCACGCUCUGUGAUUGCACGCAGAGGUACCAUGAGACCAUAUCGGAUGUGCUGAGUUCAGUGAAGAAGAUGGAGGAGAGCUUAAAGAGGCUGAAGCAGGCCAGGAAGACGGCGACCUCCAACCCUGCGGGUUCCGGCGGAGGCCCCACGGAUGACAGCAAGAUCCGGCUGCAGCUGGCUCUGGAUGUCGAGUACUUGGGAGAGCAGAUCCAGAAAAUGGGUCUUCAGCCCAGCGACGUGACGCUGUUCCCCGCCCUCCUGGAGCUGGUCCAGGGGGCCCGGGACACUGUCCCCUCCGAGGCCCCCGCACCCCAGUCCACACAGCCCGCCGGCCUGUGACUGUCUGUGACACUGCGUCAUCUCCAUGGGAAUGCGAUUCCCUACAAACGCCGAUGCUAGAGCUCCGGAUUGGACCAGGGGCCGUCCUGGGGUCACCUCCAUCAUGCGCAGACGGCGUCGGCUGGAGAGGCGGAGGACAAGCGUUUGGUGAAAUAUUUAUAUCCUGUUUCUGCAGAAGGAACAUAAGCUGGUGUUUUGGGGGCUUCAAUCAGAGGCAUCAGGGCUGAGCUUAAGCGGCAGAUUUCUGGUAAAGGGUCGCUGUCCGCUAUGAUUGGAGAUGCAGGACUUCAUGAUGUCGAAUCGCGGCGCUGGAGGACUUUGCAGUCUUCCUCACAAGCACUGAGGUGCUGAAUCUGGUGGACAGGACUGAUUGUAGUGAUGCCUUGUAAGGAAAAAUCAGAUUCAUUUUUUAAGGUCUUUGGGAAGUUAUGUCUGCACAAAACUGUCUGCUGAAGGCGCUGUUUGAAAUUUUCGAAAUGUUCGACUGCCCCGUCAAUAAAAGAUUACUGUGCUGUGAAGCUCUA